AUGUCCAUCCCCACGUUCCUCGCCUCGAUCGGCGACGAGGUCACUGAUGCAGAUGAGGGUACGCACACAGGUCCCUGCACGACCCCUGGGACCUCCCCUCCCGCUAAACAAGCUCUCAUCCUAGAAUUCUUCCUGCUCUUCGCCCAGGACAUCACAACCGCCAAUCUGGGCUUUGUCGACUCGCGCGCAACCACCGUAGACAUUAUCAUCCAUGAUACCGAAUAUUGCAUCCAUCAGUCGCCGUCAUUACUUUCGUCUUCGCGAGCUGGAGGAACAACUGGCGCCGUCCUCUGGAAAAUCACCCCCCUCCUCGCCGAAUGGCUCACAGCCCCCUCCAACCCCCUGCGCACCCACAACAUACUCACCCCGUCCUCCGUUGUCGCCGAGCUCGGCUGCGGCAUCUCGGCCCUCGUGGCGCUGGCGCUGGCGCCCUCGGUGCGCCACUACAUCGCAACAGACCAGGAAUACGUGCACCGCCUGUUCCGGACGAAUGUCGACGCCAAUGCCGGGAUGAAUACGGGUGUGAAAGCGGCCAAGCCCGCUAGGUCAUCCAGGAAAAAGGCUGCUGGUACUAUUACCGGCACUAAUACUACUACUACCACUACGACUACUAAUCAAAGUAAUCAGAACAACAUCCGGAAUAUCACAUUUACCAGUCUGGACUGGGAACUUGAUCAGCCGGGGUUAUUGCGAGAUUGUAUUGGAUAUGAUGAUGAUGAUGAUGAUGACCAAAAAGACCGAGGCGUCGACCUCCUCCUCUCCUGCGACUGCAUCUACAACGAAGCCCUCGUCGCCCCCUUCGUGCGCACCUGCGCCGAGAUCUGUCGGCUGCGGCCCGCCUAUGAGUCCUCGGCCUCGCCAGAAAACGAGCACGGGGCGCAGUCAAGGCGCCGGCCCACCGUCUGCAUUGUCGCGCAGCAGCAACGCUCGCCCGAGGUGUUCGAUGUGUGGUUGCGCGAGACGCUGCGCGAGUUCCGGGUGUGGAGGGUUCGGGAUGAGGUUUUGGGGGGUGGGUUGGGGGGUGGGACGGGGAGGAUGCUCAUACAAUUAAUUAUGGACGAGUUCCGCGAUUCUAAUGGUAGGAUCAAGAUCCGCGGCGCAGAGACAUCCAAGUAG